AUGCUGAUGACGGUGCACGUCUCUCCUCCUCCUCCUCCUCCGCUCAUUGACGAUGUUGAUGAGCUCCUGGCGUUCCUCGGUGACUCGGAGGUUGUGGCCCGGUUCCAGAGACGGUGUGGACUCUUCCUCGUUGAAGACGCGCAGCGCGGCGCGAGGAAGGCGCGCGCUCCGUCCACGCUGGGUCCAGAGAAAGCGCGUGCGCAGCUGAACGGAACACGCGACCACCAUCAGGACAAAAAUUCAAACUACACCUCCAAGCACAGCGGGUGUUCCGUGGAUGGCACCGCUCAAUAUGAGGUCAGAAACUGGCUGCUCCACUUCCUCUUCCUGUUCUCGGCAGGCCUGGGUCAUGAAGUCUUCUACAUCACCUGUGUGCCCUGCAUCCACUGGAACCUCGACCCCUUCCUCUGCCGCCGCCUGGUCAACAUCUGGACUUUGGUGAUGUAUGUUGGCCAGGUGAUGAAGGAUGUGUUAAAGCUGCCUCGCCCUCUGUCGCCCCCUGUGGUGAAGCUAGAGAUGCGUGUUGAUGCAGAAUAUGGGCUGCCCUCCACACACGCCAUGGCUGCCAUUGCCAUCUCCUUUACUUUUCUGCUCAGCGCCCCCUCCAGGAUCCAGUUCCAGUUCGAGGUGGGCCUGCUGAUUGCGGUGACGCUGUCCUCUCUGGUGUGUCUCAGCCGUCUGUACACGGGCAUGCACUCAAUGUUGGAUGUGGUCUGUGGCGCUUUGAUUUCAGUCGUCCUCAUAUGUAUCACCUACCCGUACUGGCAAACCUUUGACCGUUUUCAGCUCAGCAGCCGCCUCUCCCCCAUCUCUGCAUUGCUCCUGGCUCUGUUCCUCAGCUACACUUACCCACAACUGGACCAUUACAGCCCCACACAAGGUGACACAACCACAAUUUUAGGAUCAUGGGUUGGGUGCUCCGUGGGAUACUGGGUGAACGAGCAGCUCGGCCAGACUUUUGAACCUCAGGAGGGGUUGCCCGUACCUCUAUCAACACUGACGGCAAACGCGCUGGCUCAAGGCGCGGCUCGCUUCUUUGUGGGAGUCACGGUGUUACUGUUAACGCGACAAAUAGCGAAAACAGUGAGCCUGCGUGUGUUGUACUCUUGGUACAGAGUGCCACAAAACGACCUAAGUGCCAAGAGGAGGAGAGCAAUUGAAGUACCGUACAAGUUUGUCACAUAUACAUCUGUUGGACUUGUCCAUUCGAUCCUGGUCAGUAGAGUCUUCAUGCUUUUACACCUACUAUGACUAUCAUAACACCAUAAUAACAUAAAUGUACUUGUAUUUAUUUCAGGGAUUUUUUCCCCUUUACAUUUAACCACUUUUACAUGAACCUUUUGUAAUAAAUGUGACUGACCUGUAAUUAAAAUAUAUCCAAAUACCA